UUAAUUAUUCUAACCUGUCUAUUUUAAUUUAAGAAAAAACUAGAAAUUAAUAGGAUAUGUUUGUAAAAGUUUUAUUUCGUAACAGUAAUGUUAAUGAACUAAUUCGUAGAAAUAUCACAAGUGUACUUUUGUUUACAAAGAAAAAUUUUAAGAACAAUAAUUGGGUAAAUAGUGAACCCAAGUCUAGGUAUUUUAUCAUUUUUGGUGCUGGUUUGAUCGGUUAUACACUGUUCAAUCGUCAAAAAUUGUUGCCUCAAGUAAAAGCAGCGAGUAUACUAGAUGGACUGCAUGGAAGAAGGUCACAAUAUAAUUUUAUAGCAGAUGUAGUUGAAAAAUCUGCUCCUGCUGUAGUCUACAUUGAAAUCAAAGACAGCAGGAGACUCGAUUUUUUCACAGGUAGACCUUCGACAGUUUCUAAUGGAUCAGGAUUUAUUGUAAAAGAAGACGGUUUAAUUUUAACAAAUGCCCAUGUGGUUGCUAGUAGGCCCCAUUCUAUUGUUGAAGUACGUUUACAUAAUGGAAUGAUAUAUAAAGGUGUUGUUGAAGAUAUCGAUAUUCAAAGUGAUUUAGCAACAGUUAGAAUUAAUGCUAAAAGUUUACCUACAAUGAAACUGGGCAAUUCAUCUGAAUUGAGGCCAGGUGAAUUUGUUGUUGCUAUAGGAAGUCCAUUGUCUCUUAGCAAUACUGUCACUUCAGGUGUGGUGAGCUCUCCUAAUCGUGCUUCACAAGAAUUGGGACUUCAUGGUAAGAAUAUGGAAUACAUUCAAACAGAUGCUGCUAUUACUUUUGGCAACUCGGGGGGGCCUCUAGUUAAUUUAGACGGUGAAGCCAUUGGAAUAAACAGUAUGAAAGUUACAGCAGGAAUAUCAUUUGCAAUCCCAAUUGACUAUGUAAAAAAAUUUCUAAUGAAAACCCAAGAUACACCAAAAAUAUUAGGAAACAAAAAGAAAUACAUGGGAAUUACAAUGUUGACCUUGACUCCAGAAAUAUUAACGGAAAUGCAACUGAGGAAUCAAAAGAUCUCCCCUGACGUGCGUUAUGGUGUUUUAGUUUGGAAAGUUAUUCUCGGAUCACCAGCUUAUAGUGGAGGACUUAAACCUGGAGAUAUAGUAAUUGAAAUAAAUAAAAAAGCUGUUAAGAGUGCACAAGAUAUCUACUCUAUAUUAGCUGAUAUAAAAACUAAAACUCUAGAUAUGAAGGUUAUUAGAGGAGGUAAAAUUUUAUCAAUAAAUGUAGAACCUGAAGAUAUCAAUUAACAUUGACUUCAGAAAAUAAAGACAUAUUGUUUUUUUUUU